CGAGUGGCGGGGAAACUGCUGCAGAAGCUGCUGCUGGAGCGGUCUGCCCACAGCAAGCCCCACUAUCGUGAGCAGACCUCGCCAUGGCGCUGCAGCUCGCUCGGGAGCAAGGAAUCACCCUACGCGGCAGUGCCGAGAUCGUGGCGGAGUUCUUCUCAUUUGGCAUCAACAGCAUUUUGUAUCAGCGAGGAAUAUACCCAUCUGAAACCUUUACUAGAGUGCAGAAAUACGGGCUCACCUUGCUUGUCACUACUGAUCCUGAGCUCAUAAAAUAUCUCAAUAAUGUGGUGGAACAACUGAAAGAUUGGCUGUACAAGUGUUCUGUUCAGAAACUGGUGGUAGUUAUCUCAAAUAUUGAAAGUGGUGAGGUCCUUGAAAGAUGGCAGUUUGAUAUUGAGUGUGACAAGACUGCAAAAGAAGAAAGCACUCCCAGAGAAAAGUCCCAGAAAGCUAUCCAGGAUGAAAUCCGUUCAGUGAUCAGACAGAUUACAGCUACAGUUACAUUUCUGCCACUGUUAGAGGUUUCUUGUUCUUUUGAUCUACUGAUUUAUACAGACAAAGAUUUGGUUGUACCUGAGAAAUGGGAAGAGUCUGGACCACAGUUCAUUACCAAUUCUGAGGAAGUUCGUCUUCGUUCAUUUACUACCACAAUCCACAAAGUGAAUAGCAUGGUGGCCUACAAAAUUCCUGUCAAUGACUGAAGGGUAAAAGGUCAGAAGAAAAGAAGGAUUGGACUCAAAAUGAAGGUUUUACAACUCUUCUGAUACCCAUGGGUUACAGAGAAGAACUGUAAAGCAAAAACCGUAAAGAAACACUCCAGAGAGAGAGAGAGUGAGAGAAUCCUUACAAAGUGGGCAAGGAGGAGUUUAAACAUCAUAUUGCUCUUUGCAUGCAUUAUCUCCAUCUUCACACAG